CACACCCAUUUUACACAUUCAUAAACACAGCACUAGUAAGAGAUAGAACACUGCUAUACAUCAAGAUGUCUGAGACGGAAGCAAAAACAGAACGGGAGAAAUUCCUGGCAGAAAUGCAGAAAGUUGCAGCAGAGGCUAGCAAGAAAACCCCAGAAGAGCUAGUGCUCAGCUAUAAAGGGGUCCCGUUCCCCAGUUCCAUCUGCAGUAUUGAGACCUUUCAAGCCUUGGAAUCUUUGGAAGCCAGAGAGGAUGAUGUGAUAAUUGUGACAUAUCCCAAAUGUGGAACAAAUUGGGCAAUCCAGAUAUUCCAUGAAAUUCUGUUUUCAAUGCAAAAUAAGGAGGUGACGAUUAAUCAAGCAAUGAUUGAAUUUGGAAAACCUGAGAAAGUAGAGUAUCUAAAAGGACAACCUUCGCCAAGAGUCUUUUCAACACAUAUGUUUUAUGAUCACUUGCCUAAAUCCUUUUUUGAAAAGAAAGUGAAGAUUCUAUUAAUUCUCCGUAAUCCAAAAGAUACAGCAGCGUCAUAUUAUCAUUUUUUCAACACCAAUCCUGUCCUUCCUUCAUUUGAAUCAUGGGAUUUGUUUUUCAAGGCAUAUAUGGAAGGAAAAGUGUGUUUUGGAUCCUAUUUUGAUUACACUCUUGACUGGAACAAACAUGUAGAUGAAGAAAACAUUAUGGUGGCCACAUUUGAAAAUCUGAAAGAGGAUUUUAAAUCCGAACUUCAGAAAAUAUCUGAUUUCUUUGGACUGUCUUUGACAGACGAGCAAAUUUCGUUGGUUGAAAGUAAAACUAAUUUUAAAACCAUGAAAGAAAAUUCUUCCAAUACACAUGGCAAACAUGGUAACGUUUUCUUUCGAAAAGGAGAAAUAGGUGACUGGAAAAACCAUUUCACUGAAGAGCAGAGCAAAGAAUUAGAUGCAAAGUUUGAAGAGAAUCUCGCAGGAACAAAACUGGGAGAGAAGAUAAAUUACAAUAAAUACUGCACGUUUUAGAAUCUAUAUCAAAUAGUAUGGCAACCCAUUGCUUAGAUUUUUAAUAAAACAUUACAAUAUGUAAAAU